AUGGCUGCUGAAAAAAAAGAGAACAGGGCUCCAAAGUUAAGUGAAAAGGAGAAAAAGAAAGAAGAACAAGAAAGUUCGAGCUCCAGCGAUUCAUCUUCAUCUUCAUCUUCAUCUUCAUCUAGUUCUAGUUCUAGUUCUAGUUCUAGUGAUUCAUCAUCUAGCUCCAGCUCCAGCUCUAGUGAUUCUUCAUCAAGUGACUCCAGUUCUAGUUCUAGUGACAGCGAUUCUUCUUCUUCCAGUUCCAGUUCCAGCUCCAGCUCCGGCUCCGGCUCCAGCUCCAGCUCCAGCUCCAGCUCCAGCUCCAGUUCUAGUUCUAGUUCUAGUUCAAGUUCUAGUGACAGUGAUUCUUCUUCCAGUUCCAGCAGUUCCGACUCAUCUAGCUCUUCAGACUCCGACUCAUCUAGCUCUUCAGACUCCGACUCAGACUCCGACUCAUCUUCCGGUUCUAGUUCUAGCUCCAGCUCUAGCUCAUCCAGCUCCAACUCCAGCUCUUCCGAUUCUGACUCAGAUUCCGACUCAUCUUCUAGCUCUAGCUCUAGCUCUAGUUCUUCCAGCUCUAGCUCUAGCUCUUCCGAUUCUGACUCCAAUUCUAGCAGCAGCAGCGGCAGCAGUUCCAGUGAAUCUGAAGCUGAAGACAACAAGAGAAAGAUCGAAGAAUUACCAGAGGAUUCUGAGGAACAACCAAGUAAAGAAACUAGUAUAGAACCUAGUAAUAACGAAAACGACAACAGCAAUAAGAGACAGAAAUUGAAUAUAUCGGCUGGUGGUGACGAAAUUAAAGAAGGUCAAAGAAAUCAUUUUUCAAGAAUUAAAAGAUCAAAAAUUUCAUUUGAAGCUUGGGAAUUAACUGAUAAUACAUACAAAGGUGCUGCUGGUACUUGGGGUGAAAUGGCUAAUGAAAAACUUGGUAGAGUUAGAGGUAAAGAUUUCACCAAAAACAAAAAUAAGAUGAAAAGAGGUGGUUACAGAGGUGGUUCUAUUACCCUAGAAACUGGUUCCUAUAAAUUUACCGAUUAA